AUGGCCCUCUCAUAUAUCCAUAUUCGCACAUACCCCAACAUCUCCCACAGCACAAGGGCGAGUGUGAAGCAGGGCAGCCUCACCAUCACCCCCGUGCUGGUCGACCAUGAAUCAGCAUUUGGCGCCGAGAUUGCCGGCGUGGACUGGACGCAGCCGGUUCCUGACGAGUUGGUGAAACAGCUGGUCGCUCUACAGGAUCAAUACGCCGUGCUCAUCUUCCGCCAGACGGGGCUCGAUAACCAGCGCCAUAUCGCCUUUUCACAGCAGUUGGGCGAGCAGGAGAUCAAUCCGUUCUUCUACGGCCGGCAGAACGAUAGACUGGGCGAGCCCUUUCUCUUUGACGUCGGGAAUAUCUGUCUCGAUGGCUCGCUGGUGCAGAAAGACAGCCGAAGAUGGCACCACAGUCUAGGAAAUGCGCUCUGGCACACCGACUCCUCCUACCACCAGCACCGGUCCAAGUAUUCCAUCCUCCUCUCUCACGGAAGCCCGGUGCGCGGGGGGUCCUGGACGCAUUUUGCAGACACGCGCCGGGCAUACAACGAUCUACCGGAGGAGAAAAAGCAACAGCUUGAGGAUCUGGUGGUGGAACAUGAUUUAUGGCACUCGCGCAAACUCGCGUCGCCAGUUGUCUAUGGAAACCCUCUCCCCCAUGAACUGGCUGCCAAACCACCUGCCUUCCACCGUCUGGUUCAAACAGCCCCCGACGGACGCAAGACGCUGUAUCUGGCGGCGCAUGCCAAGCAGAUUGUCGGCUGGUCGUUGGAAGACAGCCAGAAGUUGAUCUGGGAGUUGAUCAUGCACUGCACCCAAGACCAAUAUGUGUUUAGUAUGGAGUGGCUGCAGGGGGGGGAUAUGGUUUGGUGGGACAAUAGACAAUCCAUGCAUCGGGCGAAUCCGUAUACAGAGACAAUGACGGCUAGAGAUGUGCGCAGGUCGACUAUUAUUGACGACGGACCACAAGCUCAUGGUGUUGCAGUCUAA